CCGGGCAGUCAGAGCAGCAACGGCACAGAGCGAGCGAGAGAAUGGGGGAGGAGAAAAGAAAGAAAGAAAGAAAGAAAGAAAGAAAGAAAGAAAGAAAGAAAGAAACUGGGGAGAGACAAAGAACAAAAAAGAGCUGGAUGGAGAGAAAGAAGUGAUAAAGACUGGGCAGGGCCCCGGGGCUGUCCCAGGUCACCGUCUCCCGCUAACCGCCCCACGCCCGCCGAGGCUCUGAGCCGGGGGGUGUCCCGGGCCAUGGGGCCGGAGCCGCUGCGGGACGAGGAGGAGGAGGACGGGGCCCCGCCCCGCCACAGCCGCUUCGUGAAGAAGGACGGGCACUGCAACGUGGAGUUCGUCAACCUGGGCGAGAAAAGCCAGCGGUACCUGGGCGACCUGUUCACCACCUGCGUGGACGCCCGCUGGCGCUGGCUGGCCCUGCUCUUCUCGCUGGCCUUCGUGCUCUCCUGGUUGCUCUUCGGCCUGGCCUUCUGGCUGGUGGCCGCCCUGCAUGGCGACCUGGGCCCCGCGCCCGCCCCGCGCCCACCCUGCUUCACCCAGGUCACCGGCCUGCUGGGCGCCUUCCUGCUCUCGCUGGAGACCCAGACCUCCAUCGGCUACGGCUCGCGCAGCGUGACCGAGGAGUGCCCGGCCGCCGUGCUGGCCGUGGUGCUGCAGUGCGUGGCCGGCUGCCUGCUGGACGCCUUCCUGCUGGGGGCCGUCAUGGCCAAGAUGGCCAAGCCCAAGAAGCGCAACCAGACGCUGCUCUUCAGCCGCUGCGCCGUGGUGGCCCUGCGGGACGGCAAGCUCUGCCUCAUGUGGCGUGUGGCCAACUUGCGCCACAGCCACCUGGUGGAAGCCCACGUCCGCGCCCAGCUGCUGCAGCCCCGCGUGACCCCCGAGGGCGAGUUCCUGCCCCUGGACCAGCGGGACGUGGACGUGGGCUUCGACAGCGGCUCCGACCGCCUCUUCCUGGUCUCGCCCCUCACCGUGGUGCACGAGAUCGACGACGCCAGCCCCUUCUACGGGCUGGGGCCGGCCCAGCUGGCCCGGGCCGACUUCGAGCUGGUGGCCAUCCUGGAAGGCAUGGUGGAGGCCACGGCCAUGACCACGCAGUGCCGCACCUCCUACCUGCCGGGCGAGCUGCGCUGGGGCCACCGCUUCGCCCCCGUCCUGGCCCGCUGCCGCCGCGGGCGCUACCGGGUCGACUUCCGUCACUUCCACCGCACCUACCCGGUGCCCGGCACCCCCCGCUGCAGCGCCCGGGAGCUGGGCCAGCAGCGCCCCAGCCCCAGCCCGCCCAGCGCCCCACGCGCCUCCUUCUGCUACGUUAACGAGCUGGCCCUGCGCGAGCAGGAGGAGGAGGAGGAGGAGGACGGGGCCACAGGCGGCCACGGGGCCAUGGAGACGUGAUGGGACGGCGCCAGUGGGGAAGGGGGCUCGUAGGGCACCGGGCCGGGGUGGGUG